AUGAGUAGCAGCAGCCGUGCCCUCCAUCCCGAGGAGCUUUUCCUCAACGACCGCCCAGCAAGACAAGAAUCACCCACCAUCGGCCCUCUACGCAUCAACAAACGGGACUCAUCAUCUCCAGCAUCGGCCGCGGGCUCCAGUCCCCCACCAAACGCCCCGCUCCCCUACCCAGAUGACCGUCAACGUCCCCAAAUGCGCGCCUCAAGUUCAAAUGACCGAUAUCACGACAACAUUAGAUAUGGGUCUCCGCCAGCUGGUCCUGGCUCUGGCUCCGUGAGUCCAAACGAAUACCCAACAGCGCUCCGGCCGCGGGACGGUCGUGAGCCCCGAGUCGCAACACUAGCCGAACGAAGAGGCGCCGCCCCAAAGCCGCUGCCUGAAUCGCCUAGCUAUGAUGCGCCGGAUCGCGAGGCCUUAGCUGCAAGACCGUACCCUCGACCCCCGGCAAGUCAACCACCCGGCCCACCAGAGCCACCAUCAAACACAACUCAAUACGAUUACCGUCAACAAUACUACCCGCCCCCGCAACGCCAAAGCUCAACCUCUGCAGCCCGUCCCCCGUCAAGUCUCCAGGCCCCGCAAGGCCCGCUCAAUCGCAUCAGUUCCACAUCGACAACUCGCGCCCAGCGUGGCUCGCCCCCGCCGCCAGAGACUCCGAUCGUUGGACCGGGCCAGCAGCCCGCUUCAGAUAUCGAGGCUCGCUAUGCUGCUGCUGGCAUUGCGGGUACUGGGACCCUGCAGGGUAUCCAGUCGCAUAACGUAGCUGCGCAGAGACGGGCAGAGCAGUACUCCGGACAGCAGCCGACUUUCCCACAGCAGCAGCAGCAGCAGCAGCCGCCGCCGCCGCAGCCGCGCCCGUGGACUCCGACUGAGCAGCCGGGCUCGCAGCCUCAUGGCCCUCCUACGGUUUAUCAGGGUGAUGAGGUAGUCACUGAUAAUAGUCAGCAGUCUACUGUGCAUCCCGGUCAAUAUAGUAGUCCGCCGCCCCAGAUGCCGGGGUCUUAUGGCACCCCGCCGCCUCAGGUGCAUCCGGGUCAAUAUAGCAGCCCACCGCCCCAAUCUCAUCCAGGUCAAUACAGCAGCCCGCCACCCCAGGCUCAUCCGGGUCAAUAUAGCAGCCCGCCACCCCAGGCUCAUCCGGGUCAAUAUAGCAGCCCGCCGCCUCAGGCUCAUCCUAGUCAGUACAGUGGAUCCCCAUCCCAAAUGCACCCUGCAUCUGGGCAACAGCAACAGCAGCAACAGCAAGAACAACCGGGAAGAGUUCCACCAAACGCUUUAGAACAAGACAUGGACCGGAUGCGUCUCAGCUCCUCUCCUCCUCCUGCCUACUCAAGUGUAUCUGGUCCUUCUACUUCAAAUGGGUAUCCCAUUGAAAAGUAA